CCUUCCCACUGUCUGGUCUCGCCUGUGCGCGCCCCCAUCUACCUAGCUGCCCUUGUUCUCCCCGUGCGUUUCUCCUCGCCCGCGCGCAUGCGGACCCGACGCUUUCGCGCGCGCCUUCCCGCCCACGCGCUGUUCACCGCCCACCCUCCUUUCGUGCCGCUACUGCCGUAAAGCCAGUCUCCGCCGGAUGUCUUUCUUUGCGGCCGUGUGGUUUUGUUUUUUCGCCGCCGCUGUCGCGAAGCAAAGCCGCUGUCGCAAAGCCAGUGCGGGAAACGAGUUCCCCAAGGAGGAAGAGAGGAACCUCAUUGGAGGGAAUUGGUCUUCGAGGCUCUCCCGCGAAAAGAUUGGCUGCUUGAAAUCCUGGUCCUCAGAAGUUAGAAAGGGAUUGGCUGUCUCUUCCUCGUUGCUUGACGAACGUUCUUGCUCCAAUGGCCCGAGAGCUACGCCCUUGGGAGGAAAACAAGCCCUACCUACAGGAAAGGCCAAUGCUGGAGGAAGUGACCCCACAAUCAAUGCCGCCGCCUCCGAGCUAAGGGCCUGUUCUUAGCCGGUUGGAACGCCGCGGACUGCGUGGAAAACAAGACCCGAGAUUUUUCCGCUCCGAUCCUCCCCCUCCAACUUCUUCCUCCCCUGGUGGUCAGGCCAGGUUGCUUCCUGUUUCUCUUCCAGAAACCAAACUCCUAUGAGGCAGCUUGAGAGGCGGUUUCGCUGCGGUCCGGGGGUGCCGGUGGGCGGCCGGGUCUUCUCGCGAAACCUCUCUGGUGCAGCCGAUCCCAGCCCCUGGAGAGAGGGAAGGCGCGGAGCGGCAGCUCCACCUCCCGGGCCGGUUCUGGCUGGGGGCGACUCGCUUCCUUGCCGCCAAUUGAGCGACGGCGCCCAGCGGCAGCAGGCGGGGUGAUGUGACCCCCUGGCGGCGCGGCCGGCGGGCCAGCACUUGCAGGACGGGAAGAUGUGGCUGAAGCCCGAGGAGGUGCUGCUGAAAAACGCCCUCAAGCUGUGGGUGACCCAGAAGAGCAGCGGCUACUUCAUUUUGCAGCGCCGGCGGGGACACGGCGACAGCGGCGGGCGCUUUACUGGUCGUCUGGUAGGUGCUCUGGAUGCUGUGCUUGACUCCAAUGCACGUGUUGCCCCUUUUCGAAUUUUACUUCAAGUGCCAGGAUCACCUGUUUACUCUGCCAUAGCAUGCGGUGAGUUACUGAAUGGAUCAGAAGUUUACUGGACCAUAGCCACUGGUGCCACAACGGAGGAGAUAAAUCAUCACUGGGAGUGGCUGGAACAAAAUCUUCUGCAUACUUUGCCUGUGUUUGACAAUAAAGAAGAUAUUGUUAGUUUUGUCAGAGGUAAAAUAAAGGCAUUAAUAGCAGAAGAGACCAGCAGUAAGCUUGCGGAGCAAGAGGAGGAUCCUGAGAAGUUCAGAGAAGCACUAGUAAAAUUUGAGACCAGAUUUAGCUUCCCUGAAGCAGAGAAACUGAUUACCUAUUAUUCAUGUUGCUGCUGGAAGGGAAAAGUUCCUCGGCAAGGAUGGCUUUACCUGAGCAUCAAUCACCUCUCUUUCUAUUCCUUUUUUCUGGGCAAGGAAUUAAAACUUAUCAUUCCCUGGGUUGAUGUCCAGAAGUUGGAAAGAACCUCUAAUAUCUUUAUGACUGAAAUUAUCCGCAUCACCACUCAAAGUAAAGAACGUGAUUUCUCCAUGUUCCUUAAUAUUGAUGAGACAUUCAGGAUAAUGGAACAGUUGGCAGAUGUAACUCUCCGCAGGCUACUGGAUAAUGAGAUCUUUGAAUUGGAUCCAGGGCUACAAGAUCCUACUCAGAUCACAAAGAGGGAUCUUGAAUCUAGAGCACAAAAUGAGUACUUCAGAGCCUUCUUCAGGCUACCUAAGGAAGAAAAGCUUCAUGAAGUUGAGGAUUGUUCCCUGUGGACUCCCUUUAGCCGUUGUCACACAGUUGGAAAGCUGUUUGCCUCCAAUAGCUAUAUCUGUUUCGCAAGCAAAGAAGACGGGUGCUGCAAUGUUCUUAUUCCACUUAUAGAGGUGGCUAGUAUUGAGAAAAUGGAAGACACUAGUCUUCUUCCCAAUCCCAUCAUUAUUAGCAUCAAAAGCAAGAUGGCCUUUCAGUUCAUUGAGCUGAAGGACAGGGAUACCUUGGUGGAAAACCUGCUUCUGAGACUGAAGCAAGUGAAGGCCAAAAACCCAGCUCUCCGCAACAAUGUGAAAAGCAAGGACACGGACUCUCUUUCAACACAUGCUGACCAUGAAUAUGGAGAGUUAAGGAUAGUAGCUUCACAGAUCAAUGACAGCUGUGAAAAUGACAAGAACAGCAGGCACUUGCUGAAUGCAGAAGCACUGAGUUCGGCAUUUCAUCCUUCUGGAAUAGAUGGCCUGGACUUUAGGAUGUCCAGGGAGCAAAUCAAAGAGAGGCUAUGGAAUGACCAUUUUGCUGAGUAUGGCAGAACUGUCUGUAUGUUUCGCACAGACAAAAUUAGGAAACUAGUUGCUAUGGGAAUCCCAGAAUCUUUACGAGGCAAACUGUGGCUCCUUUUCUCAGAUGCUGUGACUGAUUUAUAUUCCCAUCCUGGUUACUAUGAAAAUUUGGUGGAAGUGUCCAUGGGCAUGUGUUGCAUAGCAACAGAAGAAAUAGAACGUGACUUACAUCGCUCACUACCUGAGCAUCCAGCCUUCCAGAGUGAAACAGGCAUAGCUGCACUGAGAAGAGUACUGACUGCUUAUGCACAUAGAAAUCCCAAAAUUGGGUACUGCCAGUCUAUGAAUAUAUUGACUUCUGUUUUGUUGCUGUAUGCCAAAGAGGAAGAAGCUUUUUGGUUGCUUGUUGCUGUAUGUGAGAAGAUGCUUCCAGAUUACUUUAAUCACCGGGUGAUAGGUGCUCAAGUAGAUCAAUCCGUCUUUGAAGAGUUAAUCAAAGAACGGCUUCCAGAACUAGCUGAACAUUUGAAAGAUCUUUCCACGCUGGCAUCCGUUUCCCUGUCAUGGUUCCUCACUCUUUUUCUGAGUAUCAUGCCCCUAGAAAGUGCUGUUAAUGUAGUCGACUGCUUCUUCUUUGACGGAAUCAAAGCUAUUUUCCAAUUUGGCCUGGCUAUUCUUGAAGCCAAUGCUGUGGAAUUGUGCAACAGCAAGGAUGAUGGCCAUGCCUUGAUGAUCCUCAGCAGGUAUUUAGAUCAUGUAAAGAAUGAGGAAAGCCCAUUGCCACUGAUUGGGAAUCAGCAUGCCUUUUUCAGUGAAGAAAUGGAACCCUGUCCUAUAACUGAAAUAGCGGACCUAAUUCGGGAUUCUUAUGAGAAAUUUGGAGACCAUUCUGUGGAACAAAUUGAGCACAUGCGCUACAAGCACAGAAUCCGUGUUCUGCAGAGCCACGAAGAGACUACUAAACAGAAUGUGCUCAGAGUAGUCAUCCCAGAUGUUUCCAUUGCUCCAGAAGACCUGGAAGAACUGUAUGACUUGUUUAAGAAAGAACAUCUAAUAAGCUGCUACUGGAAAUGGAAUAGUGCAAUUGUAAUUCAUCGUCACGAUCCAAGCAGACCAUAUGCUGAACAGUACAGAAUUGACUCUCAGCAGUUUACUAACCUGUAUAAACUUGUCUCACCUUGGAUAUGUGGUGAACACACUGAGGUUCUAGCAGAAAGGACUUUCCGCCUUUUGGAUGAAAACAUGGACCACCUCAUUGAAUUCAAAGGUUUUGCUGGCUGCUUGGAUAUUAUGUACAAUGGAGAAAUGAAUGAAAAGAUCAAACUGUUGUACAAGCUGCACAUUCCUCCUGCCCUCACAGAAAAUGACAGGGACAGCCAAUCACCUCUAAAGAAUCCUUUGUUGUCAACUUCAAGGCCUCUAGUAAUUGGGAAAUCAAAGGGUGAAGCCAUUGAUUAUCAAAAGCAACUAAAGCAGAUGCUUAAGGACUUAGCCAAAGAAAAAGAUGCCAAGGCUGAAAAAGAAUUGCCAAAAAUGAGCCAGCGAGAGUUUAUCCAGUUCUGCAAGACCUUAUACAGCAUGUUUCAUGAAGACCCAGAAGAGAAUGAGCUGUAUCAAGCAAUUGCCACAGUCACUACUCUGUUACUUCAAAUUGGAGAAGUGGGUCAAAGAAGCAGCAGCUCAGGCUCAGAUGAACUUACUGAGGACCUCCAGACUGAGGCAGCUACGUCAGAUCAGGAUGCAGUUUUUGCUGACACUGCAAGGACCCCAAAGAGUGCACCGUCGCCACUAACUGAAGGGGACUGGAAUGUUUCUUUCGAACACAUUUUGGCUUCACUAUUAACUGAGCAGUCACUAGUCAACUUCUUUGAAAAAUCCUUGGAACUGAAACCAAAACUGGAAAAUGCAAAGAUGAUUCAGUAUAACUUCAAAAUGAAUGGCACAAGUCAACCAUCACGAGGUGAGACUGAGCAUCUAAGCGUACAUUAGCAAAUGGCCAAGACAGCUUGUGUGUCACACCAAAGCACAUUCUGCAAUGUUAAAAGCUUUCGGACUAUUUUGAUGACUUGAUCAUCUGACAAAUGCUGUUGGGAGAGCUUUAAUGCCAAAACACAUUCAAUGGGGGCUUGAAGCACCAUUUGUUUUUCUUCUUGAAUGUAAUUUUAAAAACUCAAAUCUUCAACUUUGAAGAUGCUGCAAAUGUGUUAACUGGUUCUACAAAAGAAAUGUGGCUCAACUCCUGUAACAAUUUUGUCUGGCUGAGUACAGGUUCUCUAUAUAGUUGCCUUUUUUGCACUAAUACUGAAGACUUGUUUCAAUGCUGGUAAUUGAAACUAUUAAUAUAUUUGAUUCAAGAUUUCUAUGUCUUGCUUUAAUGUUCCGUGUACAAGGACUGUGCUUUUCAUGUCUGUCAGUGUGUGCACUUUUCAAUAAAAACACUUUUACAACUGUU